ACAAAGUCCUAACCACACCUAGGACUGGGAGAGAAGCGCGCGGGCGCGGCAUCCCAUCGGUCGCAAAACCCACACCGGCUACCGUCGCGUGGCCCUACUUAAACUCCACUUUCCCUCCUCCUACCUUUGCGCCAUCUGAACCACGCCACGCCGAAUCGUCCGUCGUCCUAGAUAGUGCUUCGCUAGCUGUGGGUGUGCAUGCCAUGGCGCGCGCAGUGCACGACCGCCUCCCGUUCCUAGCCACGCCCCCGCCGGCGCCGGCGAGGGGCAGGAACCCGCCGCUCGCUGAGAUGCUCCGCCUCGUCGGCGCUGCCACCGUCGACUCCGACGCCGCCGCCGCCGCCGCGGAUGAGGAGGCCAACGCGCUGUCGUUGCCACUGCCGCGCGGUGGUGUUACUCCUCCUCCGCCUGGCGGGCGGACCAUCCAGUUCAGGCUGGCGUUCACCAGCCUCACCUACAGCGUCCGCGCGGCGCGGCGGGCGAGGCCCGGCGGCGGCGAUGGCGGCGGCGGGUUUCGCCUGCCUCUGCAGAACCGGUGCGACCGCGUCACCGCGGCGGCGCCCGACGCGCACUCGUCCCGCGCGAGGGUGCUGCUGGACGGCAUCACCGGGGAGGCGAGGGAGGGCGAGAUCCUGGCGGUGAUGGGGGCCAGUGGCUCCGGCAAGUCCACGCUCAUCGACGCGCUCGCCAACCGCAUCUCCCGCGACGCGCUCAAGGGCUCCGUCACGCUCAACGGCGAGCCGCUCACCGGCAACGUCAUCAAGUCCAUCUCCGCCUACGUCAUGCAGGACGAUCUGCUGUUCCCCAUGCUCACCGUCGCCGAGACGCUCUCCUUCGCCGCCGAGUUCCGCCUCCCGCGCGCGCUGCCCGCCGCCAAGAAGCGCACGCGCGUGCUGGAGCUCAUAGAACAGCUCGGCCUCCGCGCGGCGGCGGACACCAUCAUCGGCGACGAGGGCCACCGUGGAGUCUCGGGAGGCGAGCGCCGGAGGGUCUCCAUCGGCACCGACAUCAUCCAUGACCCCAUCCUCCUGUUCCUCGACGAGCCCACGUCGGGGCUCGACUCCACCUCGGCGUUCAUGGUCGUGCAGGUGCUCCGCAACAUCGCCGAGAGCGGCAGCAUUGUCAUCACUUCCAUCCACCAGCCGAGCCAGCGCAUCCUCGGCCUUCUUGACCGCCUCAUCCUCCUCUCCGGUGGACGCACCGUCUUCAGUGGACCUCCCUCCGCCAUCCCGGCCUACUUCGCCGAGUUCGGGUACCCGGUGCCCGACGACGAGAACCGCGCCGAGUUCGCGCUCGACCUGAUCCGCGAGUUCGAGUCGUUGCCGGCGGGAACCGGACAGCUCGUCAGCUUCAACAAGACGUGGCAGGUCAUGCACGCGGCGAGGCACAACCCAAACGAUGAUCCGUGGGCGCCAACCAUGUCGCUGAAGGAGGCCAUCAGCGCGAGCAUCUCGCGCGGGAAGCUGGUGUCCGGCUCGGACGUGGCCGGCGAGGCGGCGUCGAUGCACACCUACGCGAACCCGUUCUGGGUGGAGAUGAAGGUGCUGACGAAGCGGUCGGCGAUCAACACGCGGCGCAUGCCGGAGCUGUUCCUCAUCAGGCUCGGCGCCGUGGUGAUCACCGGCGCGAUCCUCGCCACCGUGUUCUACAAGCUCGACCAGUCGCCCAAGGGCGCGCAGGAGCGGCUCGGCUUCUUCGCCUUCGCCAUGUCCACCAUGUUCUACACCUGCGCCGACGCGCUCCCGGUGUUCCUGCACGAGCGCUACAUCUUCCUCCGGGAGACCGCCUACGGCGCGUACCGCCGCACCUCCUACGUGCUCUCCAACGCCAUCGUCUCCUUCCCGCCGCUCGUCGUGCUCUCCCUCGCCUUCGCCUUCACCACAUUCUUCGCCGUCGGCCUCGCCGGCGGCGUGUCCGGGUUCGCCUUCUACACCCUCGCCAUCCUCGCCUCCUUCUGGGCCGGCAGCGGGUUCGUCACGUUCCUCUCCGGCGUCAUACCGCACGUCAUGAUCGGCUACACCGUCGUCGUCGCCAUCCUCGCCUACUUCCUCCUCUUCAGCGGCUUCUUCAUCAACCGGGACAGGAUACCGGACUACUGGAUAUGGUUCCACUACCUCUCACUCGUCAAGUACCCGUUCGAGGGCGUGCUCCAGAACGAGUUCGGCCGCGGCGGCGAGUGCUACGUCCGUGGCACGCAGAUGUUCGACAACUCGCCGCUGGCCGUGCUGCCGGACACGGUGAAGACGAGGGUGCUGGCGUCCAUCGGCACGGCGCUCGGCGUCAAGAUCGGCCCCAACACCUGCGUGAUGACCGGGCACAACGUGCUCCGGGAGGCGGCGGUGACGCAGCUCGGCAAGUGGGAGUGCCUCCUCGUCACGGCGGCGUGGGGCUUCUUCUUCCGGCUGCUCUUCUACUUCAGCCUCGUGCUCGGCAGCAAGAACAAGAGGAGGUGAUCGAGCCGUACGGACGAGGUUGCACGCGCGCGCGCGCAUUUGCGCACGCGUUUGAACGUCCGGGGGCAUUAAACGCUUGGGGAGAAAUAGAGAGAAAAUGAUGGCCUAGUUAAUUUGAAGCUGUUUAAUUUAUGCAAUUGUUAAGGCGGAUAUGAUGUGAUUUCAAUUUGGACCCCUUUUUGUUUCCUGUGAUUUGUAGCUAAAUAAGUGGCUUAUAGUCCACUACACUUUUUUUUCUUCUUUUUCUCUUUGUAGUCGCUGUGUUAAAGACUUAUAUAUGAAAUGAUGAAGUGUUUUGAUGA